AUGAUUGCUGAGGACGACGGAAGCAAGGACAUGUGUCCGAUCUGCCGGACAGACCGGUACCUCUCUCCCAACAUGGUGUUUCUCAUCAACCCCGAAUGCUACCAUAAGAUCUGUGAGCUGUGUGUCGACAGAAUCUUCUCAUUAGGGCCGCUGCCGUGCCCGUACCCUGGGUGUGGAAAGAUUCUCCGGAAGAAUCGGUUCAAACACCAGGUAUUUGAGGAUAUUAAGGUCGAACGAGAGAUCGAUAUCCGCAAGCGGGUGUGCACCAUAUACAACUCUACAGAAGAGGAUUUUGAUACGCCGCAGGCGUACGACGAGUAUUUGACGAAAGUGGAAGAUAUUAUAUUCAAUUUGUCCCAUGGCAUCGACGUGGAGGCCACUGAAGCCGCCCUCACCAAAUAUGAACAGGAUAACAAGAUUGCUAUUCUCGAGAAGCUGAUGCGAGAACUGAAAAAGAAUGCUGACGUGCUUAAGUUUCAGGAGAGUGUGGAGAAGCUCAAACAGGAGAAGCUCAAGAUCCAGCGGCAAAUGGAGUUGGAGGACUUGGAGUUCAAGCGCAAGCAACAGCAAGAACUUUUGGAUAAGCUUUCCCAUUCGCUGAACACUCUGGAAGAGUUACUUAGACAACAACAGGCGGCGACGCUCAAACGUACCGAGCUCAGAAAACGUGAGCUUGAACAGAUCAACCAACAGUUGGAGGCUAACUUCAACGAGAAUAACCCGUUGGUGGAACGCAAAGAGACUCCCAAGAUGCCGUUCACUCCCUUCUGUGGUGACCGUGACCCCCACCCUCUUUACAAGUUGGCGGGCACCGAUGGCGAUGGCUAUUACGAUCCGUUUGCUCUGGAAUUGGCAAAGAACAAGGAGUAUUUGGCUGGUGGGUGGCGUAUCAACGAUGUGUUUGCACGAGUAUUGGACGAAACGUUCAUGGGGCUCGGCUGUGUGAUCGGGGAAGAGAAAAAGCCCCAGGAAGCCACGGCGUAA